UAUUCCUGAGAAAUUUUUCGAUUGUAGUGUUUUCGCAGGACAAAAUUCAACUGAUCGGAUCCAAAAUUAACGAAACACUCUAUUCUCCAUGUAAAGAUCAUCGGAGCAUCUCCGAACAUUGGCCAUGGCGAGCAGCAGCAGCAAUAACGCAAUAUACUUGCGGCAGCAGUUUUCUGCUCUGCUGGGAAACACUUCGUCAUCGAUUAAGUUUAUCUGCAUUUCGACGCUGGUCGGUUACGCUUUGUCCUUCUCGGAUCGAGCUGUGGACAUCCUCAGCGUGACGCCAGGCUAUCUUAUGCCACCAACGUUCUGGAUAUGGACCAUAUUCACAUUUUGCUUCAUCGAGCUGCAUUUCUGGGAAGUGCUAGUGGAUCUGAUUACGGUAGGACUGUGCGGGAAGCUCAUCGAACCGUCCUGGGGUGGGAUGGAGAUGCUGCAGUAUUUUGCCAUUACCAACACGGGGGUGGCGAUUUUGACCAGUUUUUAUUACUUGUUCUACUCGAUGAUAACCAAAGACGCCGAGUUUUUGUUCGAUGUUCACAUCCAUGGGUUGGCUGGAAUGAAUGCAGCUGUUAGCGUAGCUGUCACACAAAUUAUGCCGGAUCAUUUAAUUGCCCGCACACCUUUGGGAAAAUUCUCUAAUAGAAACGUCCCCCUCACAGUAGUGAUCGUAUCGAUACUGAUGUGGGCAAUAGGGCUUUUGGACGGCACGUAUCCGGCGAUGUUUGCCUCGGGCUUGUACGUUUCGUGGGUGUACCUGCGCUUCUAUCAACGACACUCCAACGGGACUCGCGGGGAUAGCGCGGAAAAUUUUCGCUUCGCCAGCUUCUUUCCGAAUGUGCUGCAACCGUUUGUAGGCCUAAUUGCAAACCCCGUUUACCAGGGCUGUCUGCGGAUCGGGAUGGUCAAGCGAUUGACACCACAGCAAAGCAAUUCAUCGUCGCUACAAUCAGUCAGCGUCCACUCGCUCGCGGGGGUCGAUCCUCACGAUAUGGAACGAAGAAGACAAAUCGCUUUGAAAGCUCUCAGCGAGCGGUUAUCCAAAACCACAGAUUCUAGUCGUCUGAACACGUUACCCAAGUCGUUCCCUCAGACGGGUGCUUCUGGAAAGCAUCACCACCAUCAUCACGGGCACCAUCACGGCCAUGGUCAUCACGGAGGUGGCGGCGGCGUGGGUCUCCUACCCUUCCCGAUGACAAUCGAUCGACCAGCGAUUCCAUUGCCACCUCCUCCCAGCAAGUCUACUCAGAAAUCCGAGUCGAGCAAACCCAGUAGCACAACCGCCGUUGAUUUGAUUAAUUUGGACCAAACCGGAGCCAGUCAAGCAGGAGCAUCGACGACGACUAUUACUUAAAUAGUAACCAAAUCCUUCGAACUGGUCAGUAUGAGAAGCAGGAUUAAAUUUGUUAAUAGACGCACCGUCUGAAUUAACAGUCGUAUUCUGAUGAUCAAGAGGUGAAGCAUAAGGACAAAAUUGAGAGCUGUAAGGUGAAAUGUAAAAUUUUUGAUAGUAACGGAAAAGAUGCUUUAAAUAACUACUAGGAUACGCGCUCUCCCUGUUUCUGUUUAUUUUUCUGUAGAUUUUAAUUGUGAUGAUUGAUAAGCUAUGAUGAUGCUGAUGACGAUGAUACACUAAAAUGGAAUGUUUGGUUAUGCAUUGUUAUAGGACAGCAGAUUGCCUAUAGGAUGCAUUAUCGUGUUAGAUAUAAUAAAAACGUACCUAUGAAAAUAA